CUUAACCAUCAGUCUGGCAGGUUGGAUCAUUCUGCACGUCUUUGUGAAGCCGAUAACACAAUACGAGGUCGAUCGUAUUCUUGUUGCAACAUGUGCUGUUGAUAGACAGGGAAUUGUGUAAUGAGAGCCCUGGACUGCGACCCCUCCACUUUAUUUCGGGGAAAUCCACGCCGAUCGCCUGGAAUCCUUCUGUCCUCGCUACCCGUUCCAAAACGGCCAUACUCCUCAACAACAACCGUCUUCGUCGACUUCAUUCGAGCGUCUCGACCGCUGGCGAUUAACCCCUCGAUAUCUCUGAGAAAGGCGGUUUCACACCGAAGAAAUGUCCUCCAACGAGGUGACGACUCCCUGACACCUCUUUUUCUGAUCGCCCUCAAUUCAAUACAAGCCCUCAACAACCUCAGCCUCACUUUCCAAUUGCUAUUCCCUGAUCCUCGCACAAAGACGACCAAAGUACAUCUACGUAUCCGCUCUGAAUUGUGUUGUGGUCGCAUUGUGCACGCUUACAUUCCCGUCCUUCGAUUGAACAUUGGUUCGAGUUCGUGCAACUGCGGUAUCUUUCCGAGUGGCAUCGGUGGCAGCAGUAUCCUCAAAGUCAGCUUCUAUCAGAACAACCACCCGAGCCAUGGAUUUCUCAUAUUUUACUUCUGCCCCCCAACCGUACCAAUUCUUUGGACUCUCACACACGCCCAGCAACAACCAUGCGCCGACACUGGACGACUUCAAUCCUAAUGCCUCCAAUGACCAAUAUGAUUCCGCUUUCGCUGCCUUUCAGCAAAAUUUCCACUAUGACCCCUCCACGUUUCUCGCCCAGCCACAUCAACCCAAUAACGUAUCCCCUCCGCUCGAUGUACAUCAGGAUUCGAUGUUAUCCAUACCUGAUGGCGACUCGAAAGGAUUCACUGCAACGGUAGCGGAAGUGCCCGCAGAAGAGACAGUUGUUGGCCGAAGUAGCAGUGAAGAGAAGGACUUAUUGACACCGCAACAAAACAAGCGGAAGGCGCAGAACCGAGCAGCGCAACGCGCAUUCAGAGAAAGGAAAGAAAAACACGUAAAGGACCUCGAAGCCAGACUUUCCACUUUGCAGCGCCAAUCGAUGACUUUGAAUGGCGAGAAUGAAAGGCUACGUCGGGAACUGGCCAAAGUCGCAACCGAGAACGAAAUCUUGCGAGCUACGUCUGGUUCUGCGUCCAACGGGCCCACACCGUUCAUGGAAGAGCCCGAUGCUUUGGUCGGUCCCAUGCGUUUCGUACCGACAGAUCUACCUGCAAAGCCACGCUCCUCGCCCAGUAGCAUGGCCUCUGGAGCUGAGCCGUUCUCCAAAUACGCACAUUUCGGCACGAUGAGGACCAUCACCAUCGAUGACGAGACUGGCGAACAACUACUCGGCGCUGGUGCAACCUGGGAUUAUAUCCAGGCGCACGAGUUGUUCCGGAAGGGUCUGGUUGAUGUAGGCGAUGUAUGUGAACGAUUGAAGAAGAUGGCCAGGUGUGAUGGCCAAGGGCCAAUCUUUUUGGAGAGCGAUGUUAGGCAGGCGAUUAGCGAGAGUGCAGUCGCAGGUGGUCGGGACGAGUUGAUUUGAAUUUAUUUGGCUCCCUAUGCAGGGAGUCUGCUGAUUUGUUGGUUCACCAUGGCUUUGUGGGAUAUCUAGUACUGGAAUUUUGAUUUAAGCGAGGCGUCAUGGUGCACUUUACAUCAACAAAUAUUUUGAAUUAGGAGGACUUGUUUGAGCUCUUUUGACUGAAGGGUCCUAUCUUUGUCGUCGAGAGGCUGCUUUGUGUCCCAUGACGGGAUCGACAACUUGAGAGCCUCUUCAAUGCUUGAGAAUCUUUUUUGAGUCCAAGGUUGAUGCUCUGGAUCAGAGUGUCUACACGACACUAUCAUUUCAUGAUGCUCAGGCAAACUCGAAAAUAAACAUAUUUUCUACAGGCGACACGGCUCUACCUCGAACCGCAGCCGCAUAUGCAGCAUCGGCUGGUUCGAGUGUCAUUUGCUACCCGAACAAGCGAGAGCCGACGGCAGCGUAUCAAGCUGGCUAGAGACUAGGAUGCGUUGACUGUUUUCUCGACACUGCCAGUUUGAUCGACACUCGGACCAGAGCAGAGAAGUCUGUCUCGCGAGGGCCCUUGAAGACUGACGGAAGUUAUAUACCAGAAGACUGGCAGACUACAGGCGGAAUCGAUCAUAUCCUUUGAGCGGUCCGUUGUCAUCUCGACCUAGCAUUUUAGCAGCAGCCUGCGGAAUUGAGCUGUGCAAAUUUUGAGAGUGCUUGGUGGUCGAAUACUGAGCUUCGCGGAGAAACUUAGGGACUGUAAGGGUUCGUAGAGAGUGGUUUUGGUCCGUAUAGCUUGACCGAUCUAAAAUUUCGUCGCUAGUCCCAAUCAUCAUCAUCACCAUCAUCAUC